AUGCAAACCACGCUACGCACCGCAUUCAUCACCGACCUCCUCCUCCCAUCACCGCAUUCCCUCCCCACCCUAAACCCCGCCUCCAUCUCCCAACUAGGCUACGACACAGCCCUCGCCCUCCUCCACGACAGUGAAUCCUUCAUCCGGAGCAACCCGCUCGUCACCAACGUCCGCCCCGUCACCAGCCCCUCGGACUCCAAACACUACAUCGACGUCCCCACCUUUUGCCAGGAAUUCAACCUCUCCCCCACCGGCGAUCCCUCCCGCGGCAUCUCCGACCAAUGGACCCAAUACGAAAUCACUGAUAAGCUAAAUUGGGGCCUCGGCAGCUCCGACCUAAUCUAUACGACCGCCAUGCGCCGCAUCCCGGGGGGGUUCGAAUCCAUCACCUCCCCCGGCAGCGGCGUGCGCAUCUACGGCCGCUUCGAGAUCCUGCGGCCCUCAGAACUCGGCCGCCUCGCCACCACUUCCCACAUGGAACAAGGCGCCACGCCUGGCGGCGCGGAGGGCGGCCCUGACUCUACCCACUCCCACCAGCAACAACAGCAGCAGCAGCAGAAACAACACCCCAACGCCGUGCCAGCAGGCUGGGACACCCACCCGGACGCCGACGGCGUCGUGCACUUCAUCGAGCACAACGAGACCAAGUGCAACGCCCUGCUGGGCGUCUACAUCAAGGCCACCAAUACCAAGAGCCACCAAGCCAUGCACGAGAACUUUAAGCGGAGGUGGGGGGAGAACAUCAAGCGCGUCUUGGCCGCCGAGGUGAGAGUGAGAGAUGCUGGAGCCCGCUCUGGGCCGGGAGCUGGGGCUGGGGCCGGGGUCGAACAGGGCCGGUAA